AUGACGCAGACCGCAUCUGUUGUCGUCACUGACGGCCUCCUGUUCGACAUGGACGGCACGUUGCUGGACUCCACACCCGGCGUCCUCGCCACUUGGGACGAGUACGCCAAGCAGUACAAGCUCGACCUGGACCACGUCCUCAAGACCGCCCACGGCGUGCGCACUAUCGACAACAUGCGCAACUUUUGCGGUAUCACCGACCACGAGGAGCUGCAGGUCGGUGUUCGUGAGGUUGAGCGCUUCGAGGCGACGAUCGUCGCGCAGGCGCAGCGCCUCCAGGCCGAGGGCAAGACGGGCCUCAAGAUCCUUCCUGGCGUGCACGACCUGUUGACCGUGCUCAACACCGCGCCCAAGCACGUCUGGGCCAUCGUCACCUCCGCCACGACAAAGUACGCCUCUGCCGCCCUCCCCACCGCCCAGAUCCCCGAGCACCCCCAGCUCGUCACGGCCGACCACGUCACGCUCGGCAAGCCCAACCCCGAGCCGUACCUCACCGGCGCGCACAAGCUCGGCCUCGACCCCAAGGACUGCAUUGUCGUCGAGGACGCGCCGAGCGGGAUCAAGGCUGGUGUUGCUGCGGGUUGCAAGGUGCUCGCAGUGUGCACUUCGCACCCGCGCGAGGAGCUCGAGGGCCUCGGCGCCGAGUGGAUCGUCGACGACCUCUCCAAGGUCGAGGCGGUCAUCACCCCCGAGUCCAAGGUGUCCCUUCGGAUCACCGUCUAG